CAUUUUGUUGUUCAUUAGCCGUUUAGCAUCGUAACGGCUGCUUUGUCAAUCAUAUUAUUAUUAUUUAUAUAUUUUUUUAUUUAUUUCUGGUCCAAAGUAUCAUAAAUAACAUCAUGUCUACUGUCAAAGUGUGGUCAAGAUUUACAGCGCAUAAACCUGGUGGAGUGAUAGUGAAACUACGCAUUCAGGAUUUGAGUGAACAUCAACAUGAAGAAUUGUUAGAUUUUUUUGAGAAAUAUUUUAUCUGCGACGAGAAUUUCCUGAAAGGAUCUGGUAUUUACAAAAGCAAGGAUGCCAAAGAGGAGUUCAGAUUUAUAUUUUCUCAUUUAUUAAAAGAUAACAAAAUGCAUUCUGUAGUAUGUUGCCCAGAUGAAGGUUCUGGUCCUCAGCCGAUUGUGGGAUUUUCGGGUAUGUACCUAGAAACAGAAGAACACAGUAAGGUCGUGGAAGAAUCACAGAUUCAGACACCUGAAGUGAAGAAGUUAUUUCAUAUCUUAACGACGGCAAAUGAUUUGUUUAUAGCAACAGAAAAGCUUGGAAUAAGUAAAUACUAUAGUGGGAGAGGUAUAGUGGUACAUCCAGAUUAUAGAGGUCUUGGGAUUGCAAAAGAAAUCGUUAAAGGAAGGCGAGUCAUCAGCAAGGAGCACGGAGCCCAGGCGACGGGGGCGUGGAUGACGUCAUUAGGUACCCAGAUCGCAGCAGAACGCGACAGAUGGGAAGUCGUCUACCAAAUGCCUUUCAAAAAAUUCGGCGAGAUGGUGGAUAUUGACUUCGACGCCGCACCGCCUAUACUUAAGAUGAUGGUCGCUAGAGUGGCUGAAUAAAUUCUUUCUUUAUUA